GUGUAAUUGCGUAUUACAAUUGGUCUGAGAGGGUUGGAUGCAACGCUGAGCAAACUGUCGGCAGAAUGUUUCCUGCCUCAGCGGGUUUGCGCGGGGAUGGCGCUGGCUCGAUGUGCACAAACAACCUUUCCGGAGCGCCUGGGGCGCCACCACGGGUUUCCUUGUCGCUGCGGUCUGUUCCUGGCCUACCUAAGCGCAAGCGCUCAGGCUUUCACAUUAGCGCCUCAAUCCGUCGUAUAUUUUCUGGACGAAGCGGUGCCCUACAAUUUGGGUUUACUCGCGAGACCCCGGAGGCAGCCGAACCACACGGCCAUGAGACGCGUCAUGUCCUUGCGUCCGCAUCCAUUACAAGCAGCGCAGCAACUGCAGCGCCCACAGCGACCACAUUCGCAACCUCAUUCGCCACCUGCUCCAGACCCCCGGUACCUGGUCUCGCUAGCUCGCAUCUCCUUCCUCCUGAAAUUGACCUCUUACGGCUUAGCACUGGAAGCAGCGUGAACGGAAGCAGCGUCAACGACGGCAGCAGCGUUAAAGGAAGCAGCUCGAGCUCAUCCGCCCCGUCAGCAUUAUCAGAAACAACAACCGCAACAACAACAACAGCAGGAGCAGUCCCUCAUGUCACCAACAGCACCGCCGCCGCGGCCACCGCCGUCGCCUCAUGUCGGCGGUUGUGCUUCACGGUUCCCUCCUUCGCCACCCAGCCGGGUCAGCAGUUGGUGGUGGUUGGCGGUUGCGAGCGGUUGGGUCGUUGGCGGCCGGCGGAUGGGCUGUUGCUGACGUGGCACGAGGGGCAUCGCUGGAGGGGCGAGGUGGAGUUGCAGCGAGAGGAGGGGGAGCGGCUGGGGAAGGAGGGUCUGGAGUUCAAGGUUGUGAUGGUAGACAGCCGCAGCCGCAGUGUGCUAUGGGAGCCGGGGCGCAACCGGGUGCUGCAGCUUCCAACCCAAGCUCCAAGCGGCGACUCCCCCGCUCACCCGGAGGUGCUCUGCGAAUGGGGCAACGAGCUCAGCCACGUCAGCACCGCAUCGCAGCAGCAGCAGCAGCCCGCAGCAGCAGCAGCCGCAGCAGCUGCCGCCUCUUUCUCACCCCCCGGCAGCACCCUUCCCUCUUCCUCCUCCACAUCACCCGCCUCCUCUUCCUCCUCCUCCACGACUCCUACCCCUCCUGCUCCCCCGCUGCUUCGCGCCCGAGUGCAAGUCGUGGU